AUGCAUGAGAGCGAGAAGGAGAAGCUGGCAAAGGUUGCUGCUACGCAAGAAGUGCACGAAGGCGGGCCGAGAAGACCUGUAAAGGCUGUUGCUGCUACGCAGGAAAUGCAUGAAAGCGAAAGGGAGAAGCUGAGAAAAGUUGCUGCUACGCAAGAAGUGGAUGAAGGCGUGCGGAAAAGGACUGGGAAAGCUACUGUUGCGGCUACGCAGGAAAUGCGUGAAAGCGAGAGGGAAAAGCCGGCGAAGGUUGCUGCUACACAAGAAGUGCACGACGGCGGGAAGAGAAGGCGUCGAAAACCCACUGUUGCUGCCACGCAGGAAAUGUACGAGACACGCUCAGAAAGGCCGGUUGCUACACAAGAUAUG